AUGUCAAUCCUGACCCUGAAGAAAUGUCGUCCAAAGCCCGUCUACGUCUCUGUCCGAAGUUUCAAGAAUUACAACCCAGAGGCCUUUUGUGAGGACAUAUCUAAUGCUCCAUGGUCCGUCAUUAACAAUUUUGACGAUAUCAAUGACAGUUUGAAUGCUUUUGAUGUGUUAUUUAAUGGGAUUCUUGAUCAACAUGCACCAGUCAGAAAAGUUAAAGUGAGAGUUCGUCCAAAUCCCUUUGUUACAGAAGAGAUUCGAAAGCUGAUGAGAACAAGAGAUUGUUGGAGAAAAAUAGCUCGGAAAACUGGUGAUCCUGCUGCGUGGUUUACUUACACGGACUACAAACGGGAUGUUAAACGGAAAUUACGUCAAGCACAAAGAUCGUAUGUAGAGCAGGAAAUAAAGAAGAACCCAAAGGACACAGGCAAUAUGUGGAAAGUGAUUCGAACAUGUAUUCCCAAGAAAACUACUGGAAAGAAGUCCUUCAGUAAUGAUAAAUCUGUUGCAAAUAACUUUAACGAAUUUUUUACAGCUGUCGGUUCAAACACUGUCAUGAAAAUUAAGUCACUUGCUAAAGAAAAUAAUUACACUUCCUCCCAAUUACCAUUUGUCCCAGCCAGUUACACCGAGUUGGAUCAGUUUACCUUUGAACCUGUGGAAUGUUCCUUAGUAGAAUAUAUUGUGAAGUCAAUGCCUGAUCACAAGGCACCAGGAAUAGAUAAAGUACCUAUUCGCGUUAUCAGGGACUGUCUUCCCGUUAUUGCACCAUGGAUUACCUCCGUCAUAAACAAAUCGUUAGUCAACAAUAUUUUUCCAAGUGCUUGCUUGGAAAAUUGCUGA